GAACUGAACAAGUUCAGAUACAAUGAAAUAUUUUAAUAUCGAUAUAUAAAUAUGCGAUCCAAUAAUCGAUAGCUAAUAGUAAUUCUUGUAUUUCGUAGAGCUAUCAUCUCUAUUUUAUAAAACAAUUACCGAAAUUCGCAGCGACUAAAGUGCAACUCCAGACAAAAAUGACAUCAAUUGCAGGAGGACACGGGGAGACAAAUCCAAAUAGCUCUUGGCUAAGUGCGCGUGGCUUUUGGCUUGCUUAUUUUCUUGGAUUACUCUUUGUGCAUUUACUGCUCUUAUCAGUGCCCUUUGUAACAAUUUCUGUAGCCUGGACAGCGACCAAUUUGCUACACAAUGUAGCACACUUGUAUUUUCUACACAUCAUUAAAGGAGCUCCUUGGCUAAGUAUCGAGAAUGACGGCAGUCGGCAAUGGACACACUGGGAACAAAUAGAUGACGGCGUUCAAUUAACUCCAACGCGCAAAUUUCUAACUGCUGUGCCAAUUGUUUUAUUCCUUCUCACUUGCCUGUACACCCGUAACAGUACCGAACAUUUCAUUGCAAAUUUCAUAUCCUUGGUGGUGGUCACGCUGCCGAAGUUACCGCAGUUCCAUGGUGUUCGUUUGUUUAAUAUUAAUAAGUACUAAAAUGCAGUCGUAUAUAAGGAUGUAAAUAACUUCUGCCAAACAGGUGGGCUUAUCGUUAAAUGGGCCUGUGUAUAUACUAUUUAUUGAUAAAAGACUAAGCAGAUAGCAGGCAUUUAACUUGUUGUUGGAUUUAUGUAAAUAUACUUCUGUUUACUACUGGCUAAUGU